UUCGCUCUAGUUUACGGAGUUCAGCGGUCUCAGAGACCAUGGAGCUAACUACGUUGGUAACAUGGUUUUCCUCAACCGAAACAAAUGCAACGUUAUAUGGUUUAGUGUUAGCUAGCUACGCUGCUGCUAGCUAAUGUAGCAGUCUGACAUGUUUGAGCUAAGCUUGUUUACGGUUAGUUAGAGUUUUUGGACGGUUGGUGGAGAAUGAGCCGUCACCUGAGCUUGAUCAUUAACGCCCCUAAAAUAAUCCGGACCAUGUGGAAAGCCGUGUUUCCUCUUAAAUUAGAAACCACACCUAUUCUGCUGUGUAUAUCGUCUUUUCAGGGAGACAGCAAUUGCAAUGGGACGCACAGCAACAAAAAAGCGUUGCUGUCAGAUCCUCAACUGUUUGAAGUCCAGUUUGAUGAGUUGGUGACCGAGCUUUCAGAGAGGGACUUCGCCGACCCUGCGCUGGCUGAUGCUCUGGCCAGGUUGAGAGAGGUUUUGGUGUACAAUUCCCCUGGAGGCAAGCGGAACCGGGGCCUGUCUGUGAUUGGAACCCUGAGGGAGCUUCUGCCACCUUCGCAGCUCACACAGGACACAGUGCAGCGGGCUCUGUUGGUUGGCUGGUGCAUUGAAUUGCUUCAGGCGUUUUUCCUGGUGGCAGAUGAUAUCAUGGAUGGAUCUGUGACCCGGAGAGGACAGCCCUGCUGGUACAAAAAGGAUGGCAUUGGUCUGGAUGCGAUCAAUGAUUCAUUUCUCUUAGAAGGGUCAAUCUACAGACUGCUUCGCAGACAUUGCAGGGAUCAGCCUUACUACGUUCGCCUGCUGGAGCUAUUUACUGAGGUAACUUUCCAGACCGAGCUUGGCCAAGCUCUGGACCUUAUGACGGCUCCACCUGGUCAGGUUGACCUCAACAGAUUCACCAUUGAGAGAUAUAAAGCUAUUGUGAAAUACAAGACGGCCUUUUACUCUUUUUAUCUCCCAGUGGCAGCUGCAAUGUACAUUGCAGGAAUUGAGAGUGAAGUGGAACACAAUAAUGCCAAACACAUCUUACUGGAGAUGGGAGAGUUCUUUCAAAUACAGGAUGACUACUUAGACUGUUAUGGAGACCCUGCUGUGACAGGAAAGAUUGGUACAGACAUCCAGGAUAACAAAUGCAGCUGGCUGGUGGUGACGGCCCUGGAAACCAUGACCCCUGAACAGCGAGCAGAGCUGGAGGGAUGUUACGGGCGCCAGGAUGAUACCUGUGUAAAAAAGGUCAAAGCACUGUACAACACCCUGCAAAUGCCAGAACUGUACCACAAAUAUGAGGAAGAGAGCUACAAGCGGCUACAGAAACUAAUCGCUUGUCACGCUCAAAACCUUCCUCACUCAGUCUUCCUCAACUUCGCCGACAAAAUCUAUAAGCGGAUCAAGUGAGAGGUAAAAGGGGCUUGUAUCAUGAUGCACAGAUCAACUCCUUUUUAUUUCUCCACUGCCAGCAGCAUGAUCUGAACAGCACACAGAAAUCCGUUUCUUAACUUGGUUUGUGGAUGUUUGGUUGUGAAUGUCAUCAAACAGCCGGCCACUUUUGCUCCAUAAUACCUAUUUAUUGAAACCAGUACAUAAUGUAGAGUGUCUUCAGUUGUUUCCUCCCGGAAGAAUCCCAUGGGUAAAAGGACACUGAAAUGAAUCGCACAUUGUCUAGUUUUCAUAUUAGUCUGCCCUGAGGAGUGCACGGCAGGAUGAAGAUACAGAUAAAACUGAUAGUCGCAGCAGUUAUAAUUUUGUAAGAAUAUAUGUAUUAAAAGUAAAGUAUAAAGUCUGU